CACUUUAUUAGUCAAUCAGCAUAACAAGCCCAAACCAUCAAAAUGCCAUACUGGAAAAUCUACCACGGCCUCGACACCCUCGAACCCUCAGACAAAACCACCCUUUCCAAAUCAAUCACAGAAUACUACACCUCCCUCGGUCUACCCGCCUUCUACGUCAACAUCUUCUACUUCCCCCUUCCCGAACAGGAAUUCUACGUUGGCGGAGUUCCGCAGGGCAAAAAGAUAUCCAUUGAAAUCACGCAUAUCGCGAAACAAAUAGAUCCAACGAUUCAAAAAUUCUCGAAAUAUUUCAAAAAUAGUAUCGAUAAGAUUCUGAGACCCUACACGAUUGAUAGAGGGGUCCAGGUGGAGUUUUGUGUGGUGCAGGUUCCGCCGCAGUUGUGGAGGAUUAAUGGGAUUGAUCCGCCGGAAGGGCUGGAUCAGAGUGUGGAUGGCGCUGUAGAAGUAGCUGAGAAGAACAGAGAGUUGCUUGCGGAGUCGAUGAAGAGUACAGCUCAGAUCAACGAGGAUUGGCAGGAUGAAUACCUUGCAUAG